AUGAAACUAUUCAGUCGCUAUAUCACCCUGCCUUCCGCUUUGGCCCUGGGUCUGUUUUCUCAGACAGUUGUUGGACAGUUCUUGAACUCUACAACUUCGGGUUCCACUAUAUCUAGUUCAAGCUCCGCUACUCCUUCGUCAUCUGUCACGGGCACGACAACCAUCGGCCCCACAACAAUUGCAGGUGCUGUCACAGUUACUGGUGCAGCUGUUUUUACCGGAGAUGUUGACAUUGUUCCUGGUGCCACUUUAACUCUAGUCGACGGUUCCUCUUACACUUUCGAAGGAGCUUUGAACAUUCAAGGUGGUCUCGUUAUCAGUAAGACGGUCCCCACCUACCCAGGCACAACGGUUAACGCUGUAGGAAGCUCUGUCGACGUCAGUGGUUCGCUCGCUAUCGAAGAUGGCGGUGCCAAUUCUCCAUCGAAUAUUAACUUCACUCCCGGCGAGUUUUCCAACUCCGGUAGCUCGACUUUCAAUUUAUCUCCAGGCGGUACUUUCUCGUACACACCAUACGUUAACACUGGUACGUUCUCAUUCAGCAGUGCAACUAUUGCUGGUGCAGGUGGCCCAGGCUUGAGACGUAGAGAUGGUGCUUCCACGAAUAAUGGUAAUAUUAUUCUAACAGGUGGUAGUACUUACACGGUUGCAAGUGGCGUUACUGGUUCAGGUACCUUUACGCUCAAUGGAGGUACUCUAUAUGUCGAGGACGUUGGUGGAUUCACUGGUCAGUCCAUUAAUUUCGCUGGCGAAGGUCUCUUCUUGUUAGCUGCUGAUUCGACUGCUGCUCCUAUCCCCGUUACCGGAUACACCGGACAGAAUCAAAUCGCCUUGACCGCUUCACCUUCUCUGUCAUACAGUGCUAAUACCUUGGUUGCCGCUACUGGUUCUGCUUCUUUAUCAUUUUCAAUUGGUACUGGCUUUGAUCCUUCAACAUUCAAUGUCGUUACUGGCACUUACGCAGGUUCAUCCAUUUACUAUUUGAAUUACGGUUCAGCUCCACCACCAACCAGUUCCGCACCUUCGAGCUCUCCAUCGUCUACCCCAUCGUCUACGACGUCAGGAUCAGCCACAACCACUCCACCUCCUGUUUAUACCACGACGGUCACGUCAGGUACUGUCACAAGCACAGUUGUCAUUUCAUGCUCCACGACUACCGACUCUAGUGGGCAUACUUAUACUGUCACAAGCACGUUGCCAGUAACCGAAACUCCUACUUCUGUGUACACUACAACUGUUAUUUCUGGUACUGUAACAAGCACAGUGGUUGUUUCAUGCGUUACUGCUACCGAUGCCAGUGGUAAAACCUAUACAAUCACUAGCACACUACCAGCUACGAAAACACCCGCUCCUGUUUAUACUACAACAAUCACUUCAGGCACUGUAACAAGCACUGUCGUUGUUUCAUGCGCUACUGCUACCGAUGCCAGUGGUAAAACUUACACAAUUACUAGCACAUGGCCAGCAACGAAAACUCCAGCUCCUGUUUAUACUACAACAAUCAGCUCUGGUCCAGUUGUCAGUACUGUUGUAAUCUCAUGCUCUACGGCAACUGAUUCUCACGGUAGUGUCUACACUGUCACAAGCACUCUUCCAGUUACUCAUGGUACACCCGCACCAUCGCCAUCGACUGUUACCGUUACUCACUGUGAUGACUCUGGUUGCCAUGAAAGUGUAAUGACAACGCAAGCGCCACCAGCCACUGCUGAAGUAUCAAGUCCUGUCGGCACUACUAUUGCCACAACCGCCACUGCUGCUCCAGGUACCGCCGCUCCUGGUACUGCUGCUCCAGGUACGGCUGCUCCAGGUACUGCUGCUCCUGGUACUGCUGCUCCAGGUACGGCUGCUCCAGGUACGGCUGCUCCAGGUACUGCUGCUCCAGGUACUGCUGCUCCAGGUACGGCUGCUCCAGGUACGGCUGCUCCAGGUACUGCUGCUCCUGGUACUGCCGCUCCAACUGGCACUGCUGCUCCAGCAGGUACUGCCACUGGCAUGGCAGUUAUCAGUAGUGCUGCUUCAUCCAUUGCAACCGCAUCGAGCAGUAUCUACAUUCAAUCGGAAGGUGCCGCCGCUGCUGCUGGUUUCAGCAAGGGCUUCACUGCCUUGGUUGGUCUAUUCUUGGUCGCUUUCUUGAAUUAG